GGACGUUCUCUUUGACUCCCUUCGGCGAGAAGGACGAUCGAGCGUAUGCGCGAGGAUACACAUCGAGAUUGGCACGAUGACAACGUUGAGGAAGGACGAGAAGAGGGGUUCGAAGAAGUCGAAGAAGAGCGGCGGGACGUCCGGUCGGAGCGCGAAGACGGCGAAGCAGGUACCCGCGAAGAAAAGUGAACCGAAAGUGCAAGCAGAGAAGUGGUACAAGGAUCUAUCGAUCUACGACAAUGAUCUCUAUAGCGAAGAGGUGAAUCUGUCGAAACGCGUGGAGGAAGAGGAUACGGAAAAGGAGAGCGGGAGAAUCGAGCGAAAAUCGUUCCGUCGGAAAAUCGGGUUGCUAUUGAGAGGGAGCGCGGCUGAAUUACCGGCCGUGAUAAAUCGCAGCCUGCAACCGAUUAGGCGCAGCCUAAGUUUCAGCAAGGACUUGAACCGUCUCCAGGAGCCGUCGAAACCCCACAGGGCGAGCAGCGCGCAUUGGUACAACAGUUUGGUAUCUUUGGCGGAGGACGAAUGUCUGGACGAGUAUGACGACAGCCCGUCAGAAAACAGUCCAACGAUCGAGGAACGAUUGUUCUCUUCGAAGGUUCAAGUCACCAGGACGCAAAGCCUCAUCGACACCACUUUCACGAGAAGCCCGAGGAGACGAGUGACCGACCUGCUCAAGCGAACUGCCCCUUAUGGACGGCACAGCGAUCAUUACGACUCGACCAUAGAUUUGAGCAAUCCACCGUUCGAGGCCAGCAGUCUUCCCGCUCUCACGCACACGGAUGGAAGCUGCAACGAGCUAAGAUUCCCCCGUGAAGGGGAGCAACAGGUCAGGAACGAAUGGAGGAACCUGAAAGUUCCUGUCGGUCGAAAUCUGUCUUCCCUACAUGUCGGCCCCGUGAACCGUCCAGAGGUGCGUUCGAGGUCGUUGACCCAGCUGGACGCUCUGGGCAGCAAGAUGCUGGAUACGGGGGAGCACCAUCUGGGGGGUGGUCCCUCGCAACAGCAAUCCCAUCACCUUCACCACCAUUAUCAACCUCAACAAUUGCAACACCCCCAAAAUGUGGAGAGUAAUCCUCGUUUCCUUGCGCCCACUGCGCCUUCCGUCGAGGGGUCGCGUCAGAAUCGCAGGCACAAACUGUCUCGGUCACAGGUAUCCAGCAGCGAGUUUUUCAGCGUCAGCUUCGAUCUCUCGGACGAUUCGAGUGGCCUGGAUCGGGACGAGUUUCUGCCCGCUGCGAAGGGCACUUACUUGGCCGAGGCGAUCAACGCCGCUUGCGAGAGGCGCGGGAUCGACAUCUCGCGGAUCGAGGUCUUCGACGGUUUCUCGCCGCCAUUGCCGAUCCUCACCACGGACACCUCCAGCCUUGGCGGCAAGCAUUUGCGAAUAACAGUUAAGGACAACGAAAAAUCGAACUCGAGAUCGUCGAGCCAGAGAAGCAACCAGAGCGUCUCCUUGAGAAAGCCAAGCGGGAAUUAUCGGAGCCGCAGCGGUCGUUUCUUCAGCGUCUCGACGGAAGACUCGAGCGUUGACUCCGAGGUCGGAAGCAGCACCACGCUCACAUCUGGUCGGAGCUCCGUUGGGGCUGCGGGGCUCAAACCUAGUAAACAGCGAUGGAGCGGCUUCUUCACCAACACGAAGGGCACAAAACUUGAUCUACUCACCUCUCUGCUGGACGAUUAUAACAAGCAUGGGGUUCCCAAGGAUACACAAUUGUCAUACGAGCUCGCCUUUAACGAAGAUGCCUUGUACUUAGAACAAGAUUGGCGCGACAUCGUUCAAAACUCGGAUCAAUUAUCGGAGAAACAACAGCAACAACAGACUGCUUUAUGGGAAUUGGCUCAAACGGAAGUGGCUUAUAUCAAGACUUUAAAGGUUGUGACAGACCUGUUUAUGGCGUGCCUCUGCAGCCUGCAGGCCUCGAAUAUCCUGAACGAGGUCGACAGGACGAAGCUAUUCAGUAACAUCCCCGAGAUCUACGCCGCGAAUCGCUACUUCUGGACCGAGUACGUCCUAGCCAUGGUAAAUACGUCGAGGACCACUGGACAACCGCUCGAACCAGGCCACCUUCUGCAAGGUUUCGAGACGUUCGAGCAAACCUUCGCACCCUACACCAGAUAUUGCGCGGAGCAAAGCAAAUGUCAGCAAUACUGCAGAGACCGUCUCAACGAUAAUCAAUUAUUUACGGUCUAUCUGGUGUGGUGUGAGACUCAGAAGGAUUGCAAUCGAUUGAAACUGCUCGACAUACUGGUGAAACCUAUGCAGAGGUUGACGAAGUAUUCUCUGCUCUUGAAGGCUGUUCACAAGAACACGGAGAACGAGGAGCAACGAGCAGAAUUGACUCAUAUGAUCAAAUCUGUAGACGACUUCGUGGCGUCUGUGAAUGCAGCAUUGAAGAGGAACGAGGAGACAGCGCGGUUGGCCAGCGCUGCAUCUCGAAUAGAAAGUUACGAUGUGGUCGAAUCGAGAGACGAAGAAUUGGAGAAACUGAUUAAAAUUCACAGCACGUUUGAUAUUACCACGGUUCCAAUACCGGGUUGUCCGAAAGACACCCUUAGAGUACUUCUUCGCGAGGGAGAUUUAAAAUUAAGAGACGCCGUUAGCAGCAAGAUGGAAGUACACAUAUUGUUGCUGACAGACAUGCUAUUGAUCUGCAAACCGUCGACCAAGAAAACUUCCAGUGGGCUGACUGGCACCGUGGGGGGCGGUUUGAAGAUUAUAAGACAACCGUACGUAAUCGAUCGUAUCCGAAUACACGAGCUGAAGGAGCCAACCAGUUUAGGCUUGGUUUAUCUGAACGAAUAUGGGGCGGCAUCAGCUGCUCUGGUUCUCAGCGCCGGAGAAUCGAAAUUGGCCAAGUCUUGGAUGGAAUCGAUCAGGAAAGCUCAACAACAAUUUGCGUUAAUGAAAGUGCCACCGCUUGGCAACACGAUGAACUUGACCACGGUCACUAGACAACAUAGCAGUUUUCUCGGUGAUGAGUACGAAGCAGAGGAAUGCGAGGGGAUCCCAAAAACGCCUCGAGGGAGUAGCCGGGCGUCAAGGGUGAGCAGCCUCGCCCACAGUCACAGCCAUGAAACCGCUUCCAGUGGAAGUAUAGAGAUGGAAGGCGUUUCACCGGGAAGCAGCACUUUUCUCCCUAGUUAUAAUCCAAGCAGAAAUAUCAGCGUGGAAACGAGCGAGCCACCGCGAGCCUCGAGCGUAUCAUCCGAGGAAGGUGGCGACAGUUCUGGCCACAAUCAUAGACCGUUGCAAAUAAGUCCUAACAAAUUUGAUAAUAGACGAUACCCGCUGAGUAAGUCACCGACGCCUAACACGUUGAGUGUCCAAGUGCCGGCGUACUCUAGCUUGGGCCAAUCGCUGCCAAACUUGACCCUAGCCACUUCGCCACAAACUUCAACCGUGUCUCCGACACCGCCAAACUCGCUUCUAAUCGUACCCCAAAUAACAAAAAGCAAGGACACUUUGCUUUCACCAGGGCACCGAGGUAGUAUCUCCUAUCCACCACCGUCACCCCCGAGAGGGGCGCUUAGAAGAGCGUUCGCGAUUCCUCAAUCACGAAAUCCACCUCUCGUUAAAACGAGACACAUAAGCACGUCUGUGACACAAACGGUUCAGCCUACGAUGAAUCUAGACGCGGAAGCCAUUGAAGAGAGGCGAAGAAGGCUGGAACCUUCGCACAGAAUGCCAUCGACCAGCAGCAUCGCGGAGGAAAAGAAAUGACUAGAAUUGGGAUACAAGAGUAACUUACUAAGAAGAUAGAUUGCUAUGGACCAUCUUAUCAUUUGAUGAGGGAGUACGUUGGAUGAUACGUCAUGUUUAGAAAUAAAAUGUUGCUUUCUGUUGUCUGUAUGCAAGUGCUGCACACACUUUCAUGCAGGAGCAGAAAAAUGAUUGAAACGAUUGAGAAGGGAUUCAAAUUGAAUUAAAAAAAAACGUUUACGUACUCCUUAUGCCUACAAUAUGAAUCGAGCAAUUUUACAAUCGAUUGGGGCCAUUCGAAAUCAACGUGAAGUUUGUUAUUACGAUCGUAUCAUUGUAAUUUGAUUCUAGCGGUGUAACUUUUAGAUCUCAUUUUGUAAUUAAUUCGUCGGGUUGUGACGAUCACAAUUUCAAUAUUACUCUAAUUCAUUCAGAAUCCUAAGCGACGAACAGAAAAAAGAAAAAGGCCUACCUAGUGUAAUUAAUAUUACGACUAUUUAUCGUGAUUUAAGUUUAGAUGAUUAUAAUAGUUGGAAUAAGACGCCUUUAGAGCAACAAUUUUAAAAUAAACGAGUUCGAGUUUCGUGAUUUAACGAUAUAAAAGCAGGUACGGACAUUUAGAAAUGAGAACACACACACGUAGAAAAGUAUUACAUUUCAUGUAGAAGAAAAAAAAAAAAAACUAAAAGAAAA